GUUACCAUGGACACGGUGCAAGUGUAGCUUUCUAAGGUGAAACAGUUGAGCAAGAAUAAACGCACGUUAACGUUUGAAACCAGCAGAUUCUCUGAACAAAUCUAUGAAUUUCUGAGAUGGAGACUACACUGGAAUCAGACAGUGAGGAGAGAGUCAGACAUGAGGAGAUCCAGCAGAGGAAGGAGGAGGAGGAGGCCAGCCCAGAGCUGACACAGCUGCAACAUCUCCCUGAUUCCUACAGGACAAACUCUCGCAGCGAGAUUCAGCUGUUGGCCAUCGCUGACAACUUCCAGCGUCAGUACUCACACUUAUUUCCUGACCGCAAACCGCUGCUGCUCUGCCCUCUCAAUGAGUGUGGCAUGAAGAAAUUUGUGUCGACGACACUGCGCCCCACGACUAUGGUCCACCAUGAGCUUGUGACCUGGCAGGGCUGUGCCUCCUUUGUGGCCAACUUCCUGACCCUGGAGCUUUUGGAGCCGCCUGUGGAUCCGCCCCGGCACAUGUUCUCCUCCACCACGGUGCUAAAAAGACAGAGGGCUACCUGUUUUGAAUUCUCUACCCUGCUGUGCAGCCUGCUGCUGGGCAGCAAUUACGACGCCUACUGUGUCAGUGGCUACGCUGUCAAAGAGAUGUGUCUGCUGGAUCAGAGCCUGCAGAAGUGCCCCCUGCUGGACACUGAGGCAAAGAGUGUGAUCUCUGAGCGGCAGCAACCUGAGAAUAAGUACGCAGUGAAGCCCCUGAGGGAACUGGAGAGUCGCUUUUUGACCCAGCAAGAGAAAAAGAAGCAGGAGGCUGAAGCUGCGUUGCUUCAGAAACAGAAACUACAGGAGGAGAGCGAGCAGCGACCUGCCGAUCCUCUGCGAGGACUGCGGGUGCACUGCUGGGUGCUGGUGCUGGCGGGGAGUCAGAGAGUCCAGCAGAACUUCUUUAUUGACCCUCUGACUGGGAACAGCUACCCCACCAACAGUGACAACUUCCUGGGCAUUGAGAGUGUGUGGAACAACCUCAACUACUAUGUCAACAUGCAGGACUGCAGUAAUGGCUGCGCUGAGAUGAUGUUUGACCUGGAGGAUUUAAAGAUGUGGGAACCAGUGUUGUACAGUGCAACCAGCAAAAAGCAGCUGAUUCUCGCCGUGCAGAAGACACAAGAGAGGAGCCUGAUGGGCAAAAGCACCACUGAGGAGGAGGAACAGCCCAGAGUUUUUGAGAUGCCGAGAUCCUGGGUUAGUUACAUCAAUAUCACAGAACAAGACCUGGAGACCCGCUGGCCUGGAGGGAAGAAGGUGAUCCGCUACAGGAAAGCAAAGCUGGAAAGGUUUGCACCAGGUCUGAGUCCCGAUGGCCUCGUCACACGACUGACCACAUACAAAGACCUGGACUGCACCAAGGUCGCCAUGGUGAAGGAGUGGUAUCAAGACAGAAACGACUACCUGGAGGAGAGAGAGAUCAACAAGGGCGACAACUCCACGACAGAACGCUUCAAACGUAAAACAACAUUCCACCUUCUACUCCUCAGGUGCAGAUCCCUGACCACUGGCACCGAGCAAGAGAUGGAGUUCAGCAACGCUCGCUCUGAUGAACUGGUGCGAAGGAGGCUGACACCACAUGAAAUGAUUGAGAUGUUCGAGGGCCGGAACGACUUCCUUUACUACCGACACGUCUUCUUCAGUCAGCCUGUUGAGCUUUCAGACCUUCAAGAUAACAAACCUCUUCCUAUAAACAGAAUUGUGGAGCGUUUCCACAGGAACAAAUCCAAACCUGCCAACAACGAUGUGGCCCACCGAAUCUUCCUGGUGGCACAGAGACAGAUUGAGGUGACCUACCACUUAAUAGAUCACAGGUUUAUCCCUUCAAGGAGGACCUUCAACGUACCGAUGAAGCAGAACUUCACAGCUGAUAUGGUCUGCACCUUCCAGGUCGAUUUAUCUGAGAAGCCCCUGAGGACGCUGGCUCUGUAUGACAUGCUGGUGGCCCUGAAGAAGGACAAGAAGGAUGUGGCUAGACAAAUCAGAAAGUCAGUGGAAGAGGUGAAAUACAUUCUGGCCUGCAGAGAGCAGGAUGAGAAAAAUAUUGAACUGCAGACGGUAACUGCUCAGGCCAUCAGGCAGAGACAAAAAAUGGCGUGUCUGGCUGCAGAGGAUGAGAGGCGGCUGCAGGAGCAGAAGAAGGAUGUCCUGGCUCCCUUCCUCAUCCCACUUGACAAAGAGGACGAUCUGAGUCCUGAGGAUGCCGAGAAGAUCUACCAGGACUGUCUGGCUGAGAUGAGAAACAGACAAGUGAUGCAGGCCAACCUCAUUCAGAAACGCUAUGAAAAGGAAACACAGGCGCUGCAGAUGAAACAGCAGUGGUACCAGGAGAACCAGCUUAAACUGACAAAACAAGAAAAGGACAAUUACCAGGCCUACUGCUCUGAGAAAACACUCCAAAUAUCUGUCAUCCAGAAACGGCUCAGCAAAUGCAAGGAAGCAGCUGAUGAGAAAUACAGGGCUUUUGAUCGGAACCUACAGCAGGACCCUCGACUCGCUCCUCACCUGCACGCCUGUCGCUUUGUUAAUAAGAGUGCACCACCCAGCACAGCAUCUGAACAGUCAAACAUCUAAUGAAUAUUUUAAAAAAGGCCAUAAAUGCACAACAAGGUAAAACAUCCCAAAUGAAUAAAAAACACCAGCAGCAAAUAAUCAGCUCAUCUGCAACUGUUUGGUGCUCCUCAAUCAGGCUUAUUAUAGUUUGUGAUGUGUUCACCAACAGUGAAUGAAUAAAAUGUUUUUCAAUUCAUAAA